AUGGGGGCAACCCCUUUCCACCAUUCCAUCCUCGAGGUCCGGCUACCAAAGCACUUUGAUAAGUCGACGGACAUGAGGUAUGAUGGAACUCAAGACCCACAGGAACAUCUGACGGCCUUCGAGGCCAGAAUGAAUUUGGAAGGGGUAGGCAACGAGGUCAGGUGCCGCGCCUUCUCGGUCAGUCUGGUGGGACAUGUGAUACGGUGGUUUAAUAACCUCCCGCAGGGCUCGAUGGCUAGAUUUUCGGACAUUAGCCGCGCUUUCCUAGCCCAAUUCACAACCAAAAUCGCAAAGGCAAAUCACCCAAUCAAUUUGCUUGGAAUAACUCAGAGGUCCGGUGAGCCGACCAGGAAAUAUCUAGACCGGUUCAACGACGAGUGCUUGAAGAUCAACGGGCUGACGGAUUCGGUUGCUAACCUGUGCUUAACGAACGGACUUCUAAAUGAGGACUUCAGAAAGCACCUCACCACAAAGUCGGUGUGGACAAUGCAGGAGAUCCAAAGUGUAGCCAGAGAAUACAUCAACGAUGAAGAAGUCAGCCAGGUGACGAUCGGAUUUUUGACGGUUUAG